AUGGACGAGGACUUGAAAUCCGUCGCCGGCCGCUCAGAACGCUCAGAGGGGGCAAACACUGCUUCGACAGCUCUGUGUCAAAACUCCGCCGCCGGGACGGUGGUAGACGGACAAGUCUUCUUGAAGGUGCGCAGCUGCAUCGCUUGCGGUCGCAAGAACUGCGACCUAAACGAAAUCAGGGCAGGCUUUUUGUCGAAAAGCCGCUUCACAGUGUGGCAUAGAGGCACCCCAGAGGAUCCUCAGUCCAAGCACGACAGGGUUUGCCAGCUCACGUACCAGCACGGCGCCUUCGGAGACGAAUCCAUCGAAGAGUUUGUCAACAAUCGGAUGAAAAGAGAUCCGCAGCUGCAGGCCGAGUUCAUAGCAGCUCGAGGUGCCAUGCUGGAGCUGCUCAACGAAGGCAAAGCGCGGUUCAGGGGCAAGACAAUGGACUCCGCCAAGCAGCGCCUGGAGCUUGCCAGAAAGAAGUCUGUGGAGGAGUUCAAGGAGGCUUCGACUGAGGUGGUGACGGGCUACGUGUGCUGGGACCGGGCGCUCUUCGAGAAGGAGCACCCAGGCCUCAUAGAAAAGAAGGGUUUGAAGGUGGCGAAAAAGGUCAUAGACGGAAAAAAACGGGAGGUCGUGAUGAUCAGGAAAAACCGCGAGGGCAUCUGGGACGUGAACGUCACCGAGAAGACAGGUGUUCGACAAAUGGAAGAAAUCGACAACGGCGAGCACGAGAUCCAUGAGGGUCAGCACAGCUUGAAGUUUUCCUCCUCAAAGAAGCGCCUGCACAACGCACUUGCCGAGAAAGCGAACGAGUCAAGCGUGCUUGCGGCUGACAGCCAGGAAGACCUGAAGGACAAAGCGCUGCCGAGGCUGGCUGAGUCUUCGGACGAGGACGGCGACUACGGGGUGAGGAGCACUUUGCUGGACGAGGGCGAUAGUCCGCCAAGGAAAACCCAGCGGCCGAACCCAAGCAGCGGCAGUGGUGCCAACUUGCCUGCGCCCAAAAACAAAGCCAGAGGCGGACAGCAAGCGCAGAAUCCGAUUCCUGCUGGCAGCAAGUUUCCCGAUUCUGCUGUCAGCAAGCAUCUGUCAAGUGAGAGGCGGGAGUCUCGAGAGCAACCUCCAGGACCUACAGACAACAAAGCGGAGACAGCCGGCCGAGGCCGGCCGAACAAGUUUAACAACAAGACGCCGGUGGAAGUCCUGGAGUCCAGCGGCCUGGUGGAGGUGAAGACUUGCCGGCAGAGCGUGCAACUUGCCAGCAACAAUUUUUUCUGCUCAAUGCCAUUCGAAGCUUCUGAGAUGGAGGGGGGUGAUUCGGCAGAAGCUCCUUGGGAUGAUGCGGCAGGUUCGUUCGGCUUAGCUGAGGAAUCUGAUGACUCAUGGGCUAAUCCGUCUUCUGAGCCGGCUGCGGCCGUUACCUCUAUAUCUGCUCCGAUGACUCAUUCCCAGCCUUCAUCGUCAUCGGGGGUGCGAUCGGAAUUGCAGAUGGGUCAUGGUCAGAGAAUGUCUUAUGAGAAUUUCUUGGCAUCGGCCAUAAGCAGGAGCAUCUCCGAGUCUGCUCCGAAGUUUCCGUGGGAGCAGGGCAUUUGGGCUGCUCUGCCGUCUCAUUUGAAGCCAACACUCAAGCAUCACUCUGUGGGAGUCGGAGAUCUUUUUGUUCCUUCUGCUCAGCCGGCUGUGAUGGCCCCGACUUCCAUGCCUAAGCACUCGUAUCCGGACUUCGUCAGGAAGAGGCUUCGUCUUAGCAAUCUACAUCGUGAUGAGUCUGAGGUCCGUGCCUUGCAGCUGAGAAAGCUUCAUACCAUUGUCCUUCAGGACCCUUCUUCAUCAGAAUUGGGUUGUGCCUUGGUCAACGCGGCCGGGGCCCUUCAGGACGAGGAAGUGGUGGCCCGCAGCUUCCGCGAUGCAUUUGUUUCGAAGAGCACCGGCACUCUUUUAAAGCGAGUUUCUUCUUUGUGGAGCUGCUGCUGCUUCCUCAACGACAAAGGGGUUCCUCCUUUGGAUUUCCAGGAGGAGAUUCUUUAUGAGUACCUGAGCCUUCUUAGGGAGCAGAAACGGGGAGCCACGGCCGCCUCGUCGGUGCUCUCUGCCAUCAGAUUCAUUCAUGGGGUUGUUAAGAUCAAGGGUCUACCGAAGGAGAUCGAGUUUUCAUCGCGGUGCGAAGGUCUGGCUCGUGGGGAGAUGGCUCGGAAGAGGCCCACCAAACAAUCCGAGGUCCUCACGGCUGACCAGGUGUGGGCCCUCGAGAAGCACGUGGUUGAGUCUGCCCCCAGCUUGGAUUCGUUGAUAGGGGGCCAGGUCCUUUUCGCCCUCUACUCGUGUGCUAGGUGGGAUGAUUCUCUCCAUCUGGCUGAUAUCUCUCUUUCGAGUGCUGGUCGCAUCUACUUGGUAGAAACUGCAACUUCAAAACACAAGACUUCGCAUGCUGCACGUGACAGGUCGAUUUUGCUCCCCCUGAUAUGUUUAGGGAGGGGCCUCUACCAUAAGCCGUGGGCGGAUGCUUGGUUAGCUUCGCGCCGUCUCUUCGGCCUCGACUCGACGGGCCCUGCUUUGCCCACUUACUGCGAGAGGACUGGCGAAUUCGGCAAGGCGCCUAUGUCUUCCACCGAGGCUACUUUGUGGCUUCGCGACCUCUUGUGCAAGGCGGAAUCGUCGCCCAGCGAAGUCGAGGGCAUCACAUCUCAUGGUUUGAAGGCCACCCUUCUCUCAUGGAUAAGCAAACAUGGAGGGUGGAGCGAGCGUGACCAAAAGCUGAUGGGCCACCAUUUCGAUAGGGAGUCCAGGUCUGUGCUCAUCUACAGCAGAGACAGCUACACUCCGCUCGCCGUCCAGACUCGCCGCUUGUUGGACAAGAUCCUCGAUGGCUCCUUUUCUCCUGAUCGCGGGAGGGCUCGCCGUGUCAUGGAGCUUCUAGGUGAGACUUCAGGCGAAGAGGAGGACCCCGACUUAGGUGAGUACGUACCUUCUGAGUCUGGAUCCGAGCCGGACUUGAACGACAUUGAUCCCUCGACAGCUUUUGAGCCGAGUGACCGCGUGAAGGAGAUCGCGGUCCCUGAAUCGUUGGCUUCGGUUCCUCGACGGCACUUGUAUGUCCACAAUAUCUCUGGGAUCAUGCACGCAAGUUUUGACCUGCAGAAGCUUUUGUGUGGCCGCCCCCUCAAUCGUCAUUACUCCUGCUUGGAGGGUGUGACUUCGCAAGAGGGCAAUUGGAUUCGCUGGGAUCGUGCCAUCGGAGCUGUGCCAUCGGAGGGGACCGAGUUCCCUGGCAAAUACAGCGCCAUGGCCACCUCCGAGUUGGACUCAGCUGUUGAGUUCAAGCGGCGAGCUUUGCAGCUCGGGGUUUCGGCCACCAGCGUGGAUGCCUUGAUAAGUGCUGGCUUCACAACGUUUGGGCAGUAUGCUUUCAGUGUUCCGUAUCAGCCCGGAAAUGGCGAUGAGACCCCUUUGAUCGAUCUCCUCACCACUGUCCUGAGUGGAGCACCGGAUGCGGGGCAGCUUUCGUGCCUCCGCCGCUUGUUCUGGGAAUCUCAUGGGCUAGCCAUUCGUGAUCUACGGCUCAGGCAGGAGCAUGGGGCCGAAACAGUUCUCAAGAAGCUCCCUACGUCGGAGCGAGUCGCUCGGUCCGAGUCCCAGCGAGCCCGUCUAUCAGGAUUGACUUGGUCCCCGGAGACAGAGCCUUCGCAUCAGUUAGUGGAUCGCUUCGUGACCAUGGUGGAAGAGCAGACAGUGACUUACAUUCGACCUGAGCUUUGCACCAGCCGCGCCCAGGAGUCUUUGCAAAUCAAGCAGGCCAAGACCUUCGCCCUGGGAUCAGACGGCCAACUCCGGGUAGCAACAAAGGGGGACGACCUCGAAUGCUCCACGGCGGGCGAGUGGAAGCUUCGCAUGGCCCUUCAGAGAAAGGCUCUUGCCAUGGACCUUGCUGGCUUGGUGAGCUUCCAGGUUGCUGAGACUUGGCACACGUACCUCUACACCGUCCGCGAGCGCGAGGUCCCGAAGAGCAUGAAGCAAGUCAGCCUUCAACAAAUUCUUGAUGCCGAUAAGCGCCUUUGGGUCCUCCUUGCAGAAGAAGUUCGAGGGAAGAUUGUAUCCCGGCCGGGCAGCACGCCGACUUGUGAUCCCAUCAUCGCGCGCCUCAGCUCCUCAAGCGAUGUCCUCUCCUACCUCGUCCCUCAGCCCGAGAUUCGAGUUCCUUCAGUUCCUCGGUGGGAACCUUACACCCCCAACAACGGAAAGGGGAAAGGCAAAGGGAAGGGGAAGGACAAAGGCAAGACGACGGCCCCUUCGGACUCAUCGGCGAACAUCUCCGUCCCAGACGGUGCUCACACGAAGACUGCGGAUGGCAAGCCUCUUUGCUUCCUAUUCAGCCGCGGCAAGUGUUGGGCCAAGAAAAAGCCCGGACAACGGAAUCCUCAGAUGAUCCUGCUAGAUCUCGAAGUCCACCUCCUCGGGAUGGGAGCCAAUCUUCUGACACCGCCGAAUCCUUUGCGGAGAGCCUUCUCAAGCUGGAUCGGCAACAGCACCGGUGGGUCCUUUACCACUGGACUCUACUGCCGGGUUCAUGCCGAUCACAUUUUCACAUCAAUCAUUCUAUUUGACUCCGUUUCAACUGCCAUGCACGUUGAUGCUUUGAACGACUUUGCUUUGCAUAUUCUAGAGGACUUUGGGCCGACCUUUGUGUACAUCCGGUUCCUCACCAACAUUUCUGCGCUUCGUUCACUUGUUCACAUGUGCCCCGGAGUGGGCGACGGGCACAAGCAUGCUUGUUGUCAUGAGAUCUCUUUCACUCCACCUCCUGCCCUGGCUCGGCCAGGCGAUGAGGUUUCUGACAAGAUCCCCAUAGGCAUUUAUGCGACUCCUGAGGAGUUCGUGCAGCGAGCUCGUGCUCUUCAACACCCGAUGGUUGCAAGCUUGAGAGCCUCCUUCCUUGAGCAUGUGACACAUUUGACGGAGAAGCUUAGCCCCGACGAGGAGGCUCUACAUCGCUCUUUCUCUCCUGAGCUUCAGAAGGUUCUUAAGGGAAAACGACUUCUCCUCUUUAAGACCUUGCUGGAAGAGUACCGGUACGACGAUGUUGAGGUCUGGGAGAUGCUUCGGGACGGCCCUUCCUUGACUGGCACUCAGGACCACCCUCCCUAUGCCGAUCGUAGUUUUCGACCGGCAACAGUCAGCACCGAACAGCUGGAGCGUGAAUCUUCCUGGAGGCGAAAAUUUGUGACCUCCAAAACUUCUUCACCCCAGGAUGCUGCUACUCUGACUUCUCUUGGUGAAGGUGAGGUUUCGGCUGGAUUCAUUUCGGGACCAUAUCGAACAACGGCAGAAGUUACUGAGGCUUUGGGAAGGCCAGACUGGAUUGCGACGCCACGCUUUGUUUUGCUUCAGGGCUCCAAGGCCAAGCCCCGGGUUAUCGACGAUUGCAAAUCUUCGGGUCUGAACUCAUCCUUCUCCUCCACGGAGCGCCUUCGUCUGCAAGACCUCGACUAUGUGGUGGCGAUGAUCAAGCUGGCUGGCAAGAUGUCGGGUCGGCAUAAAAUUCGUAUGGAUCUUUCCACUGGUGAUGUGCUCUGCGGUGAUCGAGUACUUCCCUCCGGCUCUGAGUGGCUUGGUCGAUGUGUGGAUCUAGCCAAAGCUUACAAGCAGAUGGCUGUUCCGCGUUCCCAGCGCCACUUGGUGGUGCUCUGCCACCACGAUGAACAAGGACUGCCUCUGUACUACAUCUCGGAGUCCCUCCCCUUUGGAGCUGAGGGGUCGGUGUAUGGAUUCGUGCGCAUGAGCCGAGCACUCUCAUUUCUUAUGAAUGAGGCCAUCUUGGUGCCGAGCUCGGUGUACUUCGACGACUUCCCAGCGAUAUCUCCUAAGGCUUCGUCAGCAUCGGCUACCGCUGCCAUUAAAUUCUUGCUGUCCGCCCUCGGUUGGAGGUUCUCUACAGAUCCAGAUAAGGCGCGAGAUUUCGAUUCCAUUUUCGAUGUGUUGGGCUGCACCCUUGACUUGUCGGGCCUGGCCGGACCUUUCGGCUUCUUGGAGGUUCGCAACAAGCCUCGGCGGAUCGAGCACAUCAUCGAGCUGCUGGACGAGUUGGGCAGCGGCCGGGGUGACUUCCGACUAGUUCCUGUGGUACAAGGUCAGCUCAACUUUGCAUCGAACUUCGUUCUUGGUCGAGCCGUCGCUCCCCUUUCGCGAGCCUUGAGCUCUUCGAGCUCCGUUGAGAUGAAGAGCUUGUGUGAGCGAAUUCGCGAUCUCCUGCGAGGGGCUCGUCCGAGGAGAGUGUCGUGGCACUCCCCGGAUGCUCCUAUUCUCAUCUUCACUGAUGCUGCUUUCGAGAAGGGGUUAGCAACCGUUGGCGCCGUCGUCAUCGACACGAUGGGUGGCCCGGCUUCCAUUUAUGACGGAGUUCUCCCCUCGUCUUUGGUGUCAUCGUGGCAACGCUAUGACGACGAGCAGAUCAUAUGCCAGGCUGAAUUGGCCGCAGCAGUCUGCAUCCGCCACCGAGAACGCUACCGACUGACCGGCAGAAAAUGCAUUUACUUCAUCGAUAACGAAAGGAAGACUAGCGAGUACCAGAGGAAGGCCACCGCGCUGGAAGACAAAGUGAAAAAACGGCAAAACCGGCCAUCUGAAACUGAUGAGCUGGCAGGAAGGCAGAAGGAGCUUGCGAGCAUGCUUCACGCAGCGGCAACAGUGUUUCAGCUGUCAGCUAAGAGAUCGCCCAACACAGACAAGAUGGAGCAGAUCCUGACAACUUUGAGACAUGAAGGCUUGGAGGUGCCCAUGGCCUGGUGUGACUUGCUGCUCCAAGAGAAGCUCGCGGAAUGCUUGCGCUUCAAGAAGUUGGACGAGUUUGCGCACACGUGCCAGCCAGGGAAAGGUCCUUUCGAGGGAGUUGCAGACGAGCGAGCUGACGUGAUGCAAGCCUGCAUUCACAAGUGCCUUGGCCAAAUUUUGUGCGACCUUGUUCCGGAUCCGGCUGUCAGCCAGAAGAAGAACAAGAAGGGAGCAGCAACUGCGAAAGAAAGGAACGCUCAAAUCCAGACAAUGCUGGAUCUGGCCUUGCGUUUGGUGGAGGAAAACGCACUGCCGGAGGAGAUGUUGCGAGACUUGGACAUCCUAGCCGAUGCACUUGAUGAGAAAAGAGCGGACCAUGCUACUGCGCACAACCGGCUGUCAGCCUGGAAGCAGGACGACGGGUACUUUGGUGUUUUGCGGCCAGUGGUCAGAAAUGAGCACUGGUCUGCGCUCGUCCAGCAGUUUUCCGCCCCAGCCUCCGCCGCCUCGACCUCUGCCUGCCUCCGUUCUGCUUGCAACAAGGUGAACGGGAACACGUCGCCAGUGUCAGAACAGGACAGAGGCGAACUUGUGGGCGCACUCCAGGGCUCGGCUGAGCAACCGGCCGAUUAUGACUAUCUGAAUAGCGUGUUGUGCGGUCUGCAGCUGUUGGCAGAAGAAGCAAACAAGCAGCAAAAGGACUUUGUUCUGCGCGUUUGCAAAGACAUUUGCGGCCGUGGUGUGUCUGCUUCAGAUUUUCAUGGGGAUGAGGAUUUGAUGGAGCAGAUGUUCGCGAAAGGUCACUGGGAAGUUUCGGUUGUGAAGAACGCAAUUUCAGAGAGUGCAGCAGAGCAGCAACACAAGAACACGGUGCUGCAAACCUGCGAGAAGCUUGCGGCAGCGAGCAGCAAAGUUUGCCUGUGGCAUGGGUUGCUGAACGCCAUACUGACUUUGGCCAAGACGGCGCAGGAGCAUGCGGACAAUGGGUUGGAUGCAAACGUCCAGAACAAUUUGGUGCAGUGCUGGAGUGAGGUGAAACACCGACUGCAGACAGACCCGGAGAUAGCCGCAGCAGCUCAGCCCGUCAAGGAGGCCUUGGAGAACUUGCUGAACGCCACGAAGACUGAGCAAGUGGGACCUCAGGUCUACGAAGGCGCCAUGACGGAGCUCCGGCUGUCAGCCAUGGAACUGCUGAGGCUUGCCAAAGAGCGCCGCAAGCCAGAAGUGCAGGAAGCUGCUAGCAACUUGCGAAAACUCGAGCAUCGCUGCAUGCAGUGCUGCUCGCUGUCAGACACGCCGGUCUUCGCUAGGUCUUGCGUCAGCCUUGUCACCACCGAGUUCGCCGGUGUGUGUGAGGUGUUGCCUUCCGCUGCCAGCGAGCAAAUACCGGAUGAUAUUUUGAACAGCUCGGUUAUGCAGCACUUGCGAGCCGCCAAUGACAAGGAGACCAACAAGCAGAAGCUGGUGCAUGUGCUGCACUCUAGCGGCUGCGAGCAGUUCUUGGAGCAAGCGUCCAAGCUACUGGAAAGGCUGGAGCCACUUUUCACAGCUAAGAAUCUUAAGAAGGUGUCACUUGAAAAGCUCCUCGUGGAGGCUGCUGCCAGUGCAAAAGCCAAGCUGGUUAAUCCCCACAUGGGCAUGGAUGAGUUCUUGCAGUCCGCAGCCUCUGGUGAAGCUCUCAAGAAAGCCUUGAAGCAACUGCGUGCAGCGGAAAGGGACAUGCAAGGCCACGGCAUGCUACAGGACGGCUCUGAGCUGCAGCGCGACGUCUCUGAAGUCAAGGCGUCUUGCCGUUUGCAGAUCAUCAAAUGGGGAAUCGUGACUUUGGUCGCCAAUGCCGACAUCGUGGCGGACAACAGCAAGGGGAAGGGCCUCAGGAAAACUUUGCGGGACGUCUGGAACAGUCAUUGUGAUGAUGGUGAUGUCAAGAGUGUCCUGGGGCAGGCGGUAGUGGACUUGGUAGAGCAGUCGUUGGCGACACCAGAGAAGACCGAGGACCCCGGCGCCGUUGCGCCCAAGAAGCGUGGUAAAAAAAAGUAG